CCCAAUAAUGAUUCUCUCUUUUCUUCAGAAAUAGUUGGAUCUAUCCACGACUAUGUCCAUUUCCUCAUACUCUUCUUUCAACAGUUUCCACAUAAAGUCAGCAGUUGGGAAACAAGGAUUAGGGAUGUAGCUUACAAAAUUGAAGACAUUCUCCAAACAUUCAUGUGGCAGCGAAUCCAAUCACAUCGCGCCAAAUUGGAUUAACAACUCAAAAAUAUAACCGAAGAAAUCGGUUUAAUCGCAGGAGAAGUCAUGGAAGGGCGACCUCCUUAGAAAAACAGAUGUCUGGAGAUGAGAUGGAUGAAUGUGAAACUGAAUUGAAAGUAUUUCAGUAUUUGAAGAAAAAGAGGUAUCUUGUUGUAAUCGACGAUGUUUGGGACGUACAAAGUUGGGAUGACAUAAGGUGUAUCUUUCCGGAUGACAAUAAUGGAAGCAGAAUCAUGUUAACCACAAGACAAUCGGAUGUGGCAUGUUAUUCUAAAACUGCUAGCGAUGUUCAUGAGAUGUCGUUCAUGAAUGAUUCUCAAAGUUGGGAUUUGCUCAAGCAAAAGGUGUUUCCUGAAUUGGUGAAUGUUGGGAAAGAGAUUGCACGGAGGUGUGCAGGAUUACCUCUUGCUGUUGUCCUCCUUGCAGGCGUCUUGUCUCCAGUCGAUAAGAUUCAAGCUUCUUGGGAGGAAAUUGCUGAAAAUGUUAAUCCUAUUGUUGGCCGGGAACUAGAGGAGAUACUAUCUUUGAGCUACACUUACUUGUCUCAACAUUUAAGGUCUUGUUUUUUGUAUGUUGGAGGUUUCCUACAAGAUGUGAAUAUUCGCACUUCAAGACUCGUUAGGUUGGAGGAACUUGUAAAGAGAAAUCUUGUGAUGGUGUCCGGUAGAAAGAGUGAUGGAAAAAUCAAGAGUUGCAACCUCCAUGAUAUGGUACGAGACAUGUGUAUUAAGAAAGCCUGUGAUGAGGACUUUCUUCAUGUUAUGGAUGGACGUGAUCUUCCACAAGGAUUGAUGAAUGAGAGACGCAUCAGUUUCAGUCGUUUUGAUGCAGACGACAUUUAUGGUCCCUCAUCUUGCCUUCCCAACGCUUGGAUUUUUCUGGAAAUUCAUGGAGGAAGAAGAAGAGAGCAAGGUGAUUUUUUCUUGGGCAUCAACAGUAAAGAUAGAUUUGUUUUCUAUUGUAUGAAAUUAUGUAGUUGGAGAAAGGGAAGGGAUAUAAUUUUGAUCACUGAAAAGCAGAUCCAUGAUGGAGCCGGAGUUGCAAUUGUGGAGGAUCCCACCGGAUAA